AUGGUGAAGCCAGCGGGAAAGCAGAGUUAUGGACGGCUUGUGUUCGCUUCAUUCCUCGCCCUUUUAGCCUUAGGCCUCGUCGCCGACUUCCUCUGGGCUUCCUCUCAUCGCUUCUCCUCCUCCGCCAUGAUCUCUCUUCCCUCCUCCGUCACCACAAAACUCCCACCUAGCUCCAAUGAAAAAGAUAGUCCGAAGAAGGAUAAUGCUCGAGAAAGGAAACUUUCUGCAACGUUUCAAGAUUUGCCUGCUCCUCAGCUACAUUGGGAGAAGAUGGCACCUUCACCUGUGCCUCGUCUAGAUGGAGCUGCCAUUCAAAUUAGAAACUUUCUUUAUGUCUUUGCUGGUUACGGCAACAUUAAUCUCGUGCAUUCGCAUGUUGAUGUAUACAACUUUCUAGAUAACACAUGGGGAGGAAGAUUUGAUAUGCCUAAAGAGAUGGCACAUUCUCAUUUAGGGAUGGUAACGGAUGGGAGAUACAUCUACAUCGUCACUGGUCAGUAUGGUCCUCAAUGUAGAGGUCCUACGGCUAAAACAUUUGUGCUUGAUACUGAUACAAAUACAUGGAGUGACUUCAUUCCUUUACCAGUUCCUAGGUAUGCUCCAGCUACUCAGCUAUGGAGAGGUAGACUCCAUGUGAUGGGUGGAAGCAAAGAGAAUCGUCAUACACCAGGACUUGAACACUGGAGUAUCGCUGUUAAAGAUGGUAAAACAUUGGAGAAAGAGUGGAGAAGUGAAAUUCCAAUCCCUCGUGGAGGACCUCACAGGUUUGUUUUCUUUGUAGAUUCAUGCAUCAUCCUUAAUUUUUUGUCUGAGGAUUGGCUCUGUUCGUGUGAAUGUAGAGCGUGUGUAGUAGUGGAUGACAAGCUUUUUGUACUUGGUGGUCAAGAAGGUGAUUUUAUGGCUAAACCAGGAUCUCCCAUCUUCAAAUGCUCACGCCGUUUGGAGGUAUUGUUACUAUUUUAUGAAACGUUUUGUGUGUGUGUGUGUGUCCUUACCCUUUACCUUGGUUGGUUCAAGGUGGUAUUCAGUGAUGUUUAUAUGCUGGAUGAGGAAAUGAAGUGGAAAGUUAUGCCAUCUAUGCCAAAACCGGAUUCGCAUAUUGAAUUUGCUUGGAAAGUGGUUAACAACUCUAUUGUAAUUGUUGGAGGCACAACAGAGAAGCAUCCUGAAACCAAGAAGAUGGUUCUCGUUGGCGAAAUCUUCCAGUUUAAUCUGAAUACAAUGAAAUGGUAUGUGAUUGGGAAGUUGCCAUACCGUGUGAAGACUACGCUGGUUGGGUAUUGGGACGGGCAGUUAUACUUCACCUCGGGGCAACGAGACAAAGGUCCUGAUGAUCCCGGACCACGCAAGGUAAUAGCAGAGAUGUGGAGAACCAAACUGAUACUGAAUCCAUGA